AGCUAAAUCUUAUGAACAAGUGAUUGUGUUAAGUUAUAUUAAGUGUGCAGAAGUUCCACACGUAGGGAGGGAAAUGGGUUCAAACACAUCCAACGUUGGUUACCCAAUGGCCGCAACUACUGAAAUCGCAAAUACCACCACUGAAAAUGGAAACGCGUUUGCUGCGUCAAAUCCUGGAAGUAUGGGAUCCACAAGCUCAAACGGGAUUACUGAAAGCCCUGGCGCAAGUUUUUCAUAUAGCGGUGCGCAUUACCACCGCGAUCAAAGGCGAAAGCGAGUGACAGGUUUUGCGACGCUUAAGCGGAAAUUUAUACGUCGUCGACGAUCAUCAAAAGCCUGUGAUCAUGCGCGUGUCUUACGUGACUUUGUUUCUGAGUGGACGCCUCUUGAAUUGGCAGCUCUCUGUGAGGAGUUCGAAGCAUUGGCUGCAUUAAGAGAUUUAUCGGUACAAGCAGAAUUAGCUCGUCCACCAGCAGCUACAUAUAAACAAGAUCUGGCUGCUCUUUACGAUUUAAAUCUCUGUACUGAUUGUGACCUUGUAUUUCGUGGAUCAAUUUUUCCGGUGCAUCGUUCUAUAUUAUCCUCACGUUGUACAUAUUUUCGAGAUCUGCUUUCAGGCUGUCCGGGAUUUGGGGCACGCAUAUGUCUCGAACUUCCUACGUCACCUAUUGAUGUAAAGAUAUUUUCUAUAUUGCUACGUUAUUUAUAUACGGGCGAUCUUUGUGCACAUGAUCCGACAGUAAAUAUCAAUUUAUUGCGUCAACUAGGCGACGAUUUUGGUACACCUAACCCCCUUGAACAUGAUCUUCGCUAUUUAUUAGAAACAGGUGAUUAUGCAGACGCAGCGCUCGUGUUCACAGCGGAAAGUGGAAACGAUUACUUACGCCAAGAAUCGACCAAUUCUGAGUAUGGCUUUCGGCCAAAACUAGAGCUUCCAUGUCAUAAAGCUAUAUUAAGUGCGCGUUCACCAUUUUUCCGUAAUCUAAUUGCCCGCCGAACGCGUAACAUUGACGAGUACGUAGAGCGCUCUAUACACGUACCAACGCGCAUUGUUCUUGAUGAGACCGUAAUACCAAAAAGAUAUGCGCGUGUUUUACUACACGCUAUAUAUUUAGAUACUGUUGAUUUAGCUCUCAUACUACGAGGUGCUGGAACGGGAUGUUCGACUGGCUCCCUUGGUGAAGUACACGCAUUGACUAAUACUGGUCGAGUACGACCAACUACUCUUGAGGAAGCAAUGGAGUUAUACCAAAUAGGCAGGUUUCUUGAGCUUGAUAUUUUAGCGCAGGGAUGUGAGGAUUUAAUACUUGAGUGGUUGUCACUUGAUACACUGUCAAUGGUCUUAAAGUGGGGAUGUCAACCACAUGGCUCCGCUUGGGUUUUUCGUCAAGCAUGCCAGUACUUGCGCGAAGAGUUUUCCGCUAUUAGCUCUUCACCAGUGCUGAACCAAUUAGAUAAAUCACAGUUGAUACAUGUAUUACAAAGUAACUUCUUACAAGCAUCCGAAUUAGAAGUUCUACAAGCUGUACUAAAGUGGGGAGAACAAGAGCUUAUCCGGCGCAUGGAGGAUCGUGAACCAAACCUUUUAUCGCAUACUGCCCACUCUGUAGCGAGGAAGGGUGUUAGAAAGCGGGACUUAAGUGAUGUUGAGCUGCGCGAAAUACUUGCCGAAUUACUUCCAUUGGUAAGAAUGGAUCAUGUUUUACCGCCAAAUAGUGAAGUUCUCUGUCAAGCUAUACGCCGGGGCCUCGUUAGUACACCGCCAUCACAUAUGAUUGGGGACGACCGUGAAAACUUGCGAGCCAAUGCUUGGAUUCGAGGAGGUAAAAACCAAGGCCUUUUUGUACGACCCCGUCUUUUCAUGCCGUACUUUGAAGAAGUAAAAGCCCUUUUAGAAGAUCGAAUGGCAUCAUCACACCACCAACUUGAGCUCAUGCGUAUGCGUAGAUCUCGGCAUUUUCCUGACAUUCCAGAUACCCUUUAUAUGGUCUCGCGCAUAAACUCUUCUUCGAACAGCAGCUUUGCACCUGGCGUUACUUGCAGUAUUAGUGGCGAUAAUAGCGAAAAAAUCGAUGCUAUUGCUAUUCCACCACCAGAUAGCCAUACACUUGCAGCGAUGCGCAAGCGUGAGCAUAAGCUCCGCCAAUCGCCCAUGUGCCAACGCGCAUUACUUCUGCCACUUUCAUCAAAACAUGAAAUCGACCGUCAAAUUCGUCUUCGCGUCGUUAGAGAAUUUAAUCUACCAGAUGAAGUGUCAGAUCUGCUUGAAACUUCCAUAUUAACAAACCCUGGCGAUGGAGACGACUGUGUCUCAUCAACCAUACAAGCGAGGGAAUGUCUAUUAGAAGAUGAAGAUCAAAGUCCGCCACCCUCCCCGGCAGCUACUGGUUCUAUACGCCCUGCAGCUGUGUCUGCUUCAUUUUUGUCGACUUCAUCAAUGGCCUCAUCAGUAUCUUCUGCGUGCGGAGCAGAUGGUGUACAUGAAUGUUACAGUAGAAAUAUGACUUUCCCACGUCAGCACCCAAACAGCUUACUUGGUGUUAGUCUAUUAACAGAGAACUCUAGCUCAGCCCUUCAGACAAGUUACGCUCAGCUACCGACAUCAGCGUAUCAUCGUAACGAUUUGCCAGCCUUAAUUAAAGAGGGCGAUUUUCGAUAUCCACAUAGUAAUGCUUUAAACAUGGUCAGGAGUGGCGAGACAGGUGCUUGCGGCAUAGACGUUGGCAACGGGCAUCUGUCCGAUAUGAUGCCCGAUGUAGCCAUGGCUACUGCAUCAUUAGGUCAACUACAUCUCAGCACUGGUGGAUUCGUGAGUAAUGCCAGCAAUUGUCCAAUUGAAAGCAACAGUGAUGUGUCAGAAAGCUUACAGCUUGAUUUGGGAGAUGGUCCAACUCCGCAUGUCAUCAGCAAUGGAACUGGUCUGAUAACUUUACGUGACUUACAGCAUCAGUUACCAGAAAAUAAUUUCCGCCACAUGAUUCAGCGGUCGAGCUCGCCAUUUGACGUUCUACGACAGGGACAGCACUCGCCUACUCCACAGGUUCCUCCUUCAGACGCGUUAAAUUCUGGGCCACCUAGGUUUUUAUAGAGGUUGAAAAUAGCUCCCGAUAAGCAAUUUUAUUUUAGCACUCCAUUCUGAC